UUCCGAACAUCAGGAAAUUAGAAAGCGAAAAUGGCGGAUGAUGGUAAACAAGCCGAAAGUUCCAAAAUGAUAAUUCCUGAUUAUGCCACUGAUGAGAAAAAGAAAGAUGGGUUUGUCAGAGUUAUUGUAGCUGUCAAAAACCUCAAAACUUCACGUCAAAUGAAAGGUCUCAAGUUUGUGAAAAAAGCAGACAAUGCAGAUGUUGAAGUUGACUUUCAGGAAAGGUCCUUUUGUUUGACUGUGACUGGGAAAGCGAAGGGAGAUCUGAAAGGAAAACAGUUCAAGCUCCACAUCAAGAAACUCCCAAAAGAAAUAUCAUCUAAUCAGUCUUAUUAUGAGGUGGACGCUGACCGAAUCUUAUUGUUUCUGUGUAAAGCUGAUGACAGCUCAUGGUACCCAGAACUGGACGCAGGACUUGAAACUGAGGAGGAAGAGGCUGAAUAGGGUUUAUUAACUAUCCUCAGAUUGAAAAAAUUACAGAUGAUUAUUUGAAUAAUUUUACAAAAUUUAAGGUGAAUUAAAUACCCUGUGAUUCAGUUUUCCUUUUUUUUAUUGUAAACGUUUGAUUUAAUACCUCUUCCCAUGGAAGUUAAGAUGAUUUUUGUUAGUAUGAAUAACAUUUAUCUAAGUAUUGACUAAUUAACAGAUCAUCUUUCAUCAAUUAAAUCUGAAAAUAAAGGGGUAUAGCUUAUCCUAGAUCUUAGCCAGAACUUAAUUACUGCAUGCAUAAAAGAAAAAUACAUCAUGCACAAUACAUGUAUAUCAAUUUUCUAAAUACUUUAAGAUUGAUGGUGAGGCGAGUUGAUCAAUGGGGAAAAUAUGACAAGAGAAAUGUGAUACAAUGUUGAUUUCAUAAUCAGAGUUUGUAUCGUUCAAAUUGAAGUUUUGAUCAGAAUUAUUUUUUUUUAAUUUUAGUUUUAUGAAAAUUGUUUUUGUUUCUUGGAAUAAGCAAGGUCUUUCACUCAUUAUAUAAUGCCUGGAGGAGGAGGGAAGACUACUGUAAAUGUAUAUAUUUUAAUGCUUAUAUCAUUUAAGUGUUUAUCACACUGAAAGUAUUACACUAAAAUAGGGAUUCGGUAUGUUGUUUAUAUUGCAAUAUUGUGGAUCUGCAAAUUCACUGUUAAACAUAGCAAAAGUUUGACAUCAGCUUUUUUUAUUGACUUGAUAUUUUUUAUUCAUUAGAAAUAAAUACCAUUGGUUUUACACUGCCCUUAGUUCCCUUUUAUACAGGUGAUAUUUCACUAUAAGAUUUAUCGCUGAAUUUUAUAUGUAAAGUUUAGUGAACACCGCUUGAUGUUUUUAACCUGUUUAUUUGUUUUAUAGAUUGUUUUUUUAUGAGGUGAGAUUGUGAGAGAUAGUAAUAUAGGGUCAUAUAGAUUAGUGUUAUAUAUCCAUAUAAAGGUUAUUGUUGUUUAUAAUUUACCAUUAACUGGUAUAUAUAUAUAUGUAAUAUUGCAGUUUUAUAAUCAAUAAUUGAACACACAUAAUUGAUUGGUUUGACACAUUAACUGCUGGUAGCUUGAGUUGUUUUGAUAUUUAAGUUGAAAAAUAUUGUACAUUUUUUAAAUCAAUGUAUUUCAGAGACUUUUAAUCUGUUGUAAGUUUUUUUGACUUGUUGAAUACCAUUGAUAUUAAGCCUUUCUAGCUUGCUAGUUGUAAAUCUCUGAAAACAAUUUUACAUGAGGAUUUUACACUUGUACAUUUCUUUGACUUCCAGUCACUCUUUUAGAACUCUGCCGAUAAAUAUUUUUACAAUUUUGAUUUUAAUUAAUUGAUUUCAUUUCCUAGGUUGAUUUUCUAAAAAGUAUUUUGUAGUAUUGUCCUAUCACUGGUAGAUAGUGCAUUGUUAUUGUUAAAUAAAAUGCCUUGUACAGACUUUUUUCUAUUAUACUGUAUUUUGAUCAAGGGUGAGAAUACUUCAUUCUUUAUCAUAUUAAUAAAAAACAUACUUUAAUAGGAUUAUCUGGCAUUUUGUCACGAAUCUGGAUCCCUGUCAGGUGAUUAUUUUGUCUGAAAGUGUUUACAAUCAAUAUAUUUGAUGAACUAGUGUUGUCGUUUAUCAUAUAAUGAAAUUAUCUUUUUAAACAACUCUCCAUUAAUUUUUCUAUUUCUUUAUACAUGUCUAUGACUUUUAGUCUCAGCUUUCUUCAUUCUUUUCUGUAUAACGAUGGAUUCAUUCGAUGUGGAUUCAUCUUGUCAUUGGUGAUAAUUAUGUAUAGUACUACUUAUAAUCCCCUCGAUCAGGGUAAGCAUUGUUUACAGUAGGCCCCAGCUACAAAGCUUACAAAUGCUGGCACAUGUUGAUUUCACUGUUCUCCGGUCAGAACAUGAGUCUUGAUCCCUAAAGUAAAGUAAUUAUCAGUAUAUUUAAGCCAUUUUGGAUAUAAAACUGGUUUGGUAUUCGGAAUGGGGUCUAUUCUUUACAUUAUCUCUUCUUUCAGUUUCAAGCAGUGAUUGGUUUGGAGAAGAAUGAGUUUAAGGAAGUUGCACUGUAAUAAACAUUUUGGUUUAAAGCUUUGUGCCUUAACAGAUUUUUUUUAAACAUUUAAUGUAACUACAGGUCAUGCUAGUGUGUGUAAAUGACAUUUUUAAAUACUUUGUUAUAUUGUGAUACCUAGAUCUGUGUACAUGUACGUCUAUUGAAGGAUGACGAGCCAUGUUUAAUUGUAUCUAUAUAUUGAAAACUGCAGCAAUUUUUAUCUCUAGUCUGCUAAUGUUACCUUUGUUCUGUGUAGGGUCAGAGUACUAACCAUCAUAUGUAUUGACGAUAUAAAGUUGUAUGGUAUAAAGUGGUAUGUUCUCCUUUAUCAUGUGUCAAGUUAAAGGCUCAAAUCAUGUCAGUAAAGUUGAAGUUAAGAGUAAA